AUGCGUUCCUCUAUGAUGUCCAUGGUGGUUCUGGGCGCAGCUCUUGCAUCUGCUGCCCCAACUCGCGUCUCUACCUUGGUCAAGCGUGCUUCCAGCUCUUGCACCUUCAACUCGGCCGCCAGUGCCAGCGCCAGCGCCAAGUCAUGCUCGACCGUUGUGCUGGACAGCAUUGAGGUUCCCGCCGGCGAGACCUUGGACCUUUCUGACCUUGCGUCUGGCACCAAGGUCAUCUUCGAGGGCGAGACUACCUUCGGCUACGAGGAGUGGGAUGGACCUCUCAUUCGUAUCUCAGGCUCCAACAUCAUCGUUGCCGGUACUUCCAACCACACCAUCAAUGGUGGAGGAGAGCGCUGGUGGGACGGCGAGGGGACCAAUGGUGGAAAGACCAAGCCCAAGUUCUUUUAUGCCCACGAUCUGGAUGAUUCGACCAUCACUGGCCUGAACGUCAAGAACACGCCCGUCCAGGCCUUUAGCGUUCAGUCGGAUAACUUGAUCCUAAACCGUAUCACAAUCGACAACUCGGACGGUGAUGAUAACGGCGGUCAUAACACCGAUGCCUUUGAUGUUGGCGAGAGCAAUGGCGUUACCAUCAGUAAUGCCGUUGUCAAGAACCAGGAUGACUGCUUGGCCGUUAACUCUGGUACUAACAUCGUCUUCACCGGUGGUACCUGCUCUGGCGGCCACGGACUCUCCAUCGGCUCCGUGGGCGGGCGCGACGACAACACCGUCAGCAAUGUUACAAUCUCCCACUCAACCGUCUCCAACUCCGCCAACGGCAUCCGCAUCAAGACCAUCUCCGGCGCCACCGGCAAAGUCUCGGGUGUAACCUUCAACAACAUCCAGCUCUCUGGCAUCACCGACUACGGCGUUGUCAUUGAGCAGGACUACGAAAAUGGCAGCCCGACCGGCACUCCCACUACCGGCGUCCCUAUUACCGACCUGACUGUGAAGCAGGUUACUGGAUCUGUUGAGAGCGAUGCUACUCCGGUUUAUAUCCUGUGUGGCGAUGGUAGCUGCUCGGACUGGACUUGGUCAAGUGUGGAUGUCACUGGCGGGGAGUCGAGCUCUAAGUGUGAGAAUGUGCCUUCUGGUGCUUCUUGCUAA